AUGAGUGAGGAGGUAAAGAUGGCUGUUGUCGAGGUUGAGUUGGAGAAAGCCGUAGAGAUUGUCAAUCUAGUUGUCAAAGUCAUCUUUGGGUUAAGGUCGAUCGGCGGGAUGUGGUGGUCGUCGGGAGAGUCCAUCAGGGCUAUGAGAGGUGCCGGGGAUGUGGACGAGUGUGAAAUAGAAGAUGAGGAUGGAGAUGAUCCACCAAUUAAUGCUAGCACUGGGUUCAAGAUCUGGGUGCCGAACGCUGAUGAGAUACAUUUUGGGCGAUCAAAGGGCGCGAAAGAGACCGUAGAGUUUAAGCUUGGGCUGGGAGAAUCACAAUUCAUGGUCGCCAAGGGUGAUGGAGCCGAAUCAGGCAUAGUACUGAACCCACAGAUUGUCGAGCGCACAUUGACAGAGGUGGAAGCCGACCACGAUUUUCAAUCGGUCGAAGGGCUGGUGAUUUGGGUAGCACUGACCGGAGAUCCGAACGACACCAAUCAUCCCCAAAAAUGCCCAAACAUCGGAGAGAUCCCUGCAAGGUCCCCACUUCAUAAUCGAUUCUACCCUAGACUCGUUGGGCAACCUUCCUUCAUACGUGCAGCAGUGGCUGACAACUAUGAUUUCGGCUGCGCAGAGUGUUGCCUUGUGCCCCGAAAAUGUUCCUCCGCUGUACUUCAUCCGCUGAACCACCUAAUUGAGGCCUUGAAAGUAUUCCCACACAAACCGUCGUAUGCUGGGGUUGUCGGGAUGCGUCUCGAAGCCUCCAUUCGGAAGUUCGUAUCAGGUCGGUGGGCCUUGAAUCGGAACAUCAUCAAUGAAAGGAAUGGUGGUGUCUGGGAUCUCUGGCUGGAGGAUGUGGGUGACGUCGUUGUGGAAGAUUGGGACUAA